AUGAUGAGGAGAAGAAGGAGAAGAAAGAAGGAGGAGGAUGAUGAUGAUGGUGAUGAGAAGGAGGAGGAGGAGGAUUCAGAGUUGGAGUCAGAUUCAGACUCAGAGUCCGAGUCAGAGUCCGAUUCAGAGUCGGAGUCGGAGGAAGAGGAGGAGGAGAAGAAGAAAGAAGAUUCUGACGAUGAGGAAGUUGAUGAUGAUUAUGGUGAUAAUGAUGACGAGAAGAAGGAGGAGGGGGAGGCGAGUGCUGAUGCUGAUGGUUGUGGUGGUUGCGCUGGAUCUUCGGGUUGA